AUGCCCGCGGAAGCCGGUGUGGAAAUUCUUAACCCUUAUACCGGAAUCGUGUGGAAGGGUGGAGAAACCGAACAAAUUAAAUGGCAAGAUAAUAAUCAAGCUCCAUUAUUGUCUACUUUGACUAACCUGGUCUUUGAAUUAAUGGCCGGCACGCAAGAUACUCAAUUUCCAGUUGCACAAAUCGCGAACAAUGUUCAAGGAAGCUCCUUAUCAUUAACUUAUACCGUACCUGCUAACCUCGGUCCUCAGGGGAGUUUCUACUUCAUAAGAGUAACCCAACCAUCCAGCUCCUAUACCGCCUACUCUGCCGAUUUCGAAAUAGAUAACAUUAAUGGUACAAUUCCCAAUUUUAACCCUAGCAAUCCCGGCACUCCGUUAACCAGCACAACUGCCGACGCUAGCUCCACCGCCAGCUCCAGUUCUACCCCGUCUUCCUCUGCCAACGUCACCACAACUGCCUCGGCUCAUAAGACCAACAGCGCUCUUUCAUCCACGGAUAGUUCAUCCCAAACCUCGAGCGAUCAAUUAGUAACUGCAGCAAGUGCCACUAGUAAUGGAAGUGGAUCCACAAGCACACCCUCUCCACAGUCCAAGUCAAGUAGCAACAAAUUGGCGAUUAAUGUAUAUGUAUUGUCAUUGGCCCUACUUGCUAUGUCAUUUUACUUAUACUAG